AAUAAAUUGACCUGUAAUUUCCUUAUUUUCAAGAAAUUAAAAUUUUGUGUUUUGGUGUCAUUUUGUGAAAGAUAAAAUGUGGAUAAAAAGAUAUGAGGUGGAGAUGCUCAAAAUCUUUAAACCCCUUCUGAUUGGUUGGCUUCCCACUUGCUAUUGCUCCUCAGCCACAAUUUUCCAUGCACAAAAUCUUCACCUUCACAACAUAAAGUCCCUCCCCUUUACUCUUCUCCUUACACCCUCUUCUCCUUACACACACUGCAAUAGAAAAGAUAAAAAAAAUAAUAAAAAAUAUAGCAAAAAAUGGCAUCAAUGGCCGCCACCGCCAGCUCCACGGCCGUCCUCCGGGCAACACCGUUUUUGGGCCAAACCAUGAAUUACAAUCCCUUUAGAGAUAUCCCCAUGGGAAAGGGCAAAUUCACUAUGAGUAAGAAUUUGUGGUACGGGCCGGACCGGGUCAAGUAUUUGGGCCCGUUUUCAGCCCAGACUCCGUCUUACCUGACUGGAGAAUUCCCCGGUGACUAUGGCUGGGACACAGCUGGCUUGUCGGCUGAUCCCGAGGCCUUCGCCAAAAACAGGGCUCUUGAGGUGAUCCACGGGAGGUGGGCCAUGCUCGGGGCCCUCGGGUGCAUAACCCCAGAAGUCCUCGAGAAAUGGGUCAACGUCAACUUCAAGGAGCCCGUUUGGUUUAAGGCCGGGGCCCAAAUCUUCUCGGAGGGUGGGCUCGAUUACUUGGGCAACCCGAACUUGGUCCAUGCACAAAGCAUACUCGCGGUCCUCGGUUUUCAAGUCGUGCUUAUGGGGCUUGUCGAGGGGUUUAGAAUCAACGGUCUUGAUGGGGUUGGGGAAGGCAACGAUCUCUAUCCGGGCGGGCAAUAUUUCGACCCGUUGGGCCUGGCGGACGACCCGGUUACAUUUGCUGAGCUCAAGGUGAAGGAAAUCAAGAAUGGGCGGUUGGCCAUGUUCUCGAUGUUUGGGUUUUUCGUGCAGGCGAUUGUUACGGGGAAAGGGCCUUUGGAGAAUUUGUUGGACCAUCUUGAUAACCCAGUUGCUAACAAUGCUUGGGUAUAUGCCACCAAAUUUGUGCCUGGAUCAUAA